AUGGCGUCGCCAACAAUCCCGACUUUCUACCGCGUCUUCUUCAGCACCAUCGACCCCCUGAUCGCCCUUAGCGGCGCACUGACGCAGGUCUUCGCCCCGGCCACUAUCCUGACGCUCUACAACCCUUCGUCAGCCGCUCUCCCUCCAGCCAUCGAGACGACGGUGCUCCUCGACAGCACUGCUGGCUACCUGGUCUCGACCAUGUUCUUGCAGGUCGUCAUGCUACGGGCCCGGCCGGCAGAUCUGACCGUCUGGCGCUGUCUGCAGGGCAGCAUCCUCAUCCAGGACUUGGCCAUCAUCGGCGCCGUCGUGGGCGCUCUGAAAACCCAGCACCGCCUCGACUGGGGGCUGGUCACCGCCAAGGAGUGGUCUAACCUGGCCAUCCUCGCCGGCGUGGGCGCCCUCAGGGUGGCCUUUCUGCUGGGAAUCGGAGUGGGUGGGCGCGGAAAGGCGAAGAAGACUUGA